AAUAUGAAUAAAUAAACUCAUUUUUAUAUUUAUAAUAAUUGUUAUAUGGGUGGCGGGGCUCUUAAGUUUUCACUCGCCAUAGCGGAGCUAUAACAAACCAGUACCAAUAUAGUUAUGAUAUGGCUCGCUCGAACGUAUAGCGAACCUAGCAGUUAACUCUGGAAAUAUUUACAAAGUUGAGACACACUGCUAUUUAGUAUACGUUGAAAACCGUGUUCUUUUUAUCAGUGGUAAUAACAUCUUAUAAUUGAUAUCGAUGGUAAUUCAUAAACAGUGUUCAAUGGUGUUUAACAUUUUUCAUUUUGUGAAUAAUAAUAUAAUGGCGCAGAAAUGUAUUAAUUAUCAGUGCAAAUCAAAAUUUGGUAAAAAGUUUUUAUCAGCUCAACAAUCCGUAUGCAAUUAUUAUCAUGUUCCUUUCAAACCCUAUCAAAAAGUGUGUAGUAUCUGUUUAGAAAUAUGUAUAAAACAUUUUAAUCGUUUAGGAAAACAAAUGAAAAGCCAAGAAUGUAUAUUUAAUAAUGAAUUUCCAGCCCGACACAUAUAUAUUGAGUUGUCAGAUUCAGAUGAUGAAGAGACAGAAGAUAACAUUGCUACAUCGAUAUUAAGUGAAGAUAUACAUGAAAAUGAUUUAUCUAAUUAUAUAAAAACUGUUUGGUAUGACUUCAUCAAAAAUCCAGUUGACUUACAACUACAAAAUUGUAAAAAUUUUAUAAAUUCAGAAAAACACAACAUAAAUGAAACAAAUAAUCAAAUAAAUAGUUUAAUUAAACAAAUUAGUAUUGAUUUAAGCAAACUUCAUUGCAACUUAUACAAAUUUAAUAACUGUCGUCAAUUUCAUUAUGAAAAAGAAGUAAAUAUUAUAGAUAACAACCCAGACAAGAUUGAUACAGAUAAUGAUGCAGUUGUGGUAAUAAAAAACAAAACCAUCAAACCACUAAAUUUACCACCAAAAGGCCAACCAAGAAGAUGUUCACUAAGAUCAGGAGAUAAGGUAUAUGCAAUGAAAUAUUCAAUGUGUCGACCGUGGUUUGAGGCAACUGUAGAAUCACCAAUCAGUAAGACAUAUUUUAACAUUUCAUUCAAUGAUGAUGGAAACAAGAAAAUUUUGAAUAAUAAAAAUUUAGCUUACAUAAAUACAAGUAACACACAGUAUCCAAUAGGUAGCAGGGUAAUUGCUAAAUUCCAAGAUAUGAAUAUUAAGUUGACAGAUAAUUUUUAUGUGGGUGUAAUAGCAGAAAAACCAAAAUAUUUAAAUAAUUUUAGGUAUAUGAUAUUCUUUGAUGUUGGAUACACUCAAUAUGUCUGCCAUGAAGAUAUACGCUUAUUGUGCUAUCAGUCAAAAAUAAUAAGUGAUGAUGUACAUGAAAAUGUUAAAGAAUUUGUCAAAGCUUAUUUCAAUAAAUAUCCAGAACGUAUAAUGGUAAAUUUUAAUAAAAAACAAUUAGUGCGUGCAGAAUUAAAUUCUAAAUGGAGUUUAGCUAAAGUGGUAAACACAGAUGCUUCAUUAGUUCAACUAAAAUUCUUUAACCAAGAGAAUGAAGUACAUAUAGAGUGGUUGUAUAGAGGUUCUAAUAGAUUAGGUCCAAUUUAUAAUCAAUUAAAUAAAAAUAUACAUGAUGUGCAACCAACCACUUCAAUGGUUAAUGUCUACAAAAAAUUAAAUCGACCAUAUAUUAAACUAGAAAAUGCUGCGAAAGAAAAAAAAAUAAUUAAACCUAAUAAACAUAAAAGUAAAAAAAAUGUUAUAGAAAUUAUUUCUAUAAAUGAAUUUUCUUCAAAAAAACAAACAAAUUCUGGUGUUAUAGAGACUAUUAAUUUGCCCCCAGACAGACCAAAACCACUUCCUUAUAAAGCACAUCAAUGCAGUCACUUAUGUAUGUUAUGGAUUCAAUAUGAUUACAGUAAAACAAAAACAAUGAAUACUUUAAGUAUUCCAUUACAUUUUGGUUUUGAAAGAACUAUAAUUCAAGAUGAAAAUUUAAAAUCAAGCAAAGUAGUUUAUAAAACUCCUUGUGGACGUAUAAUAAAGAAUGAAAAAGAAAUGUACAACUAUCUAAAAACAGUUGAAUAUGGUAAAAAUAUUAUGACAAUUGAUUUUUUUAAUUUUGACUAUUUUGUAAAUCCAUUGGCUUUAUAUAAAGAAACUGAAUAUUUUAAUUACAUAGAUGAUAUAUCUUUCGAAAUGGAAUCUAAACAAAUUAGUGCUGUCAAUUGUUUAAAUCACACGUCCCCCCCACCUUUGAAGUACAUAACAGAACGUGAAAUUAAACCGGGUGUAAAUUUAAAUUUAGAUACAAAAUUCUUGUGUAGUUGUGAUUGCACUGAUAACUGUGAAAACAAAACAAAAUGUUCCUGUUGGCAACUAACAUAUGAAUGUCAAAAAAAAAUUCCAAUAAACUAUAAAGAUAAUAUUAUUGGUUAUAAUUAUAAAAGACUAUAUGAAACUGUAUACACUGGAAUUUAUGAAUGUAAUGCAUAUUGUAAAUGUAAGAAAACUUGUUUAAAUCGUGUUGUUCAAGAACCUUUGUCAUCUACAUUACAAAUAUUUUUAACAGAAAAAAAAGGUUGGGGAGUAAGAACUCUUGUUGAUAUACCAAAAGGCAGUUUUGUUUGUACAUAUAUAGGCGCAGUAUACAAAGAAAAAGAGGCUGAAAUACAUGGUAUGAAGUAUGGUGAUGAAUAUCAAGCGGAAUUGGAUUACAUUGAAAUAGUUCAAGGGAUUAAGGAAGGAUAUGAAACUGAUGCAGAUCAAUUAGAUAUAGAAAGUGAUAGUAAGAGCAGUUCUUCUUCUGAAGAGGAAGAAUUCAAUCCAGGUCAAGUGAUUAAAAGUAAAAUUCCGAUUGAAUCAAAAAUGUCUUUAAGACAAAACAUACAAAAUACUAAUAAAAAAACAGAUGGUAAACAUCAAUUAUCUAAAUUAAAUAUCAAACAAAAAAUUGGAAAUCAAAAAGAAUCUUUACGUAAAUACUUUGAUUACAGUGGUACUUAUAUAUUAGAUGCUAAAUUCAGUGGAAAUGUAGGUCGUUAUUUUAAUCAUUCUUGUGAUCCUAAUAUAUUCGUUCAGAAUGUUUUUGUCGAUUCUCAUGAUCUUAGAUUUCCAUGGGUUGCAUACUUUGCAUUGACUUAUAUUGCGGCAGGAACAGAAUUGACAUGGAAUUAUUCCUAUACUGUUGGAAGUGUGGAAAAUAAAGUACUAGUAUGUUACUGUGGAUCAGAAAAAUGUAGCGGAAGACUCAUAUGAUUUUUUUAAUUUUUUUUUUAUCAACCUAAAUGUUAAAUAUGUAUGUAUAUACUAUGUAAUG